CAACUACCACAAGCAGGACGAGAGCAGUCGUUACAACCCGCCCGGGUGCGUAGUCUGCUGGCAUCGUGUUCUCGCCUUCGACUACUGGCGCAAGGGUGUGCUGUACACCGCAUUUGGCGCCAUCUGCUUCGCGCAGCCCUACGUCGUCUGGGAGGCGCUCAUCAAUGGCGUCAUGCUGCUCAUCCUCGCCGUCAUUCACUUCAUCAGAACAAUGGAGACGCGGUACAUAAACAGAAGAACGUCCGAGCUCGAUAAACCCACUUAUGACAG